AUGGUGUACAAGUCGUUGACUGAAGCUCCUCACAACCUCAAGGAGGGCAUUGACUGGUUGAUAGCUGUGAAGGGGGAUGAUGCUGCAAACAACCUCAUGGCUAUAGGCACCGCAGUUCACAAGUUUCUUGCAGACAAGCCUGUUGGUUUCGCGGAAGUGCCAGCUCUGGAGAAUGUUAAACGCAUUUCGAAAGAGUUCCUGGGGAAGCCGGAGCUGAAGGAUCAGUGGCCUGUAAACUUUAUGUUGAGAAAAUUCAAUCAGCCUAUGGACAAAAACCCUAAUAUCUUCGUGAAGAUAUUCGGAGACGUUGAAGAAAGCGAUUAUAAGAACGUCAUACAGGACAAGAGUGUCAGUGCUGAAACCAUCGCAAAAGACAUUGGCGACGUUGUGAACUGCUGUGAACAGUUCCUGGAAAAGGUGAAAAUCCCCGAUCAGUAUAAGUCUGCUUACAGUUCAGAAGCAACAUGGGAUGCAUCAUGCGCAAAGGACCCGGAAUCUUGUGCGAUAAUCUUAGUGGGCAUUGCGCCGAUGUUAUACGCAGGCCUAAAUUCUUUGAUGGCAAGUUGUAUAGCUGCAUUCUUCAGAGGGUUGAAUUCUAAGGCGCAUAGGCCUACCCAGCAGCUGCUGCAAGCUUUAGGCUGCAUAGAACCGGAAUGCAGAGCUGGUAUAAGCGUGCCAAAUAUAAUCAUGGCCUUAGGGGGAAUGGAUAAAAGUGUAAUGACUACAAUCUACGACCUCUCUGGAUUCUGGGCUUUCUAUUAA